ACUCCAGAUACGUAGUUGGUCGGUCUUCGUUCAAAUAGAUUAUACAUCACGUCUCCGGGUGGCGUUCGUUUUCUCCAGUGUGCGUGUCUGUGGGCGAGAAUAUACAGUUAACCAUUGGUCGCAUAUGGUCGUAUAAAGCAGAUAAUAUAAGAAAUCCUGACUCCCCUGUGUCGGUGACCGUCACCUGACUGACCUAUGACAACGCCAACAUAAACUACCUGAAUCAAGAUGUUGGCAGUGAACUAACAACGGGACAGGACGUCAUGAAGAAGUACAUUCGUCAUCACUUACCUCCCUUUAUCCCCGGCUAAACUGUCCAACACACAACCACAGCGCCCGUGUUCUACUGUUCGAGUGGCAAUGCAAGGGGUCUGCCGCAGAGCCUUCUUAUGCUAGCAGUUGUCUGGCUUUCUCUUGUCAUCAGACAAGUUUAUCUUCAAUCCUGAAGACACGACACACAUAAACCAUGACGUCAUUACUCAUCUGCGGCCUGGUUGCUGUUAUCGUCAGUACCGGAAACAGCGCCUCGGGACAGGAAGUUGACACUACCCAUGGCAAAAUCAUCGGUCUGCGAACUUCUGUCCUCAGUAAACCUAUCGACACCUAUUAUGGCAUCCCUUUCGCCAAACCACCUAUUGGAGACCUCAGGUUUAAACACCCACAACCCAUGGACCCCUGGCGACCGGAGGUCAAGGACGCCCGUGCACAGAAACCGUCAUGCCAACAAGCGAUACAGUUUUCAUUGGGGAUGGCCUGGAGAGCGAUUCCUCCCAGCGUUAGCGAGGAUUGUCUGUACAUCAAUGUAUGGGCACCAGCUAAUGUAACAGCAAAUGCGAAACUCGCAACCAUGGUAUGGGUCUAUGGCGGUUCAUUUACAUCCGGAUCUAUCAACAUGCCUUUGUACAGCGGGAAGUAUCUUGCUGCUGAAAAAAACGUCAUCGUGAUGUCUAUGAACUAUCGUUUAGGAGCUCAUGGAUUUUUAUAUCUUGGCCCUGACACGUUUCCUGGAAACCAAGGUCUCAUGGACCAGACACUUGCCCUACAGUGGAUCCAUAACAAUGUUGAAAGAUUCGGCGGAGAUGCAAACAUGAUCACCUUAUUUGGAGAAAGCGCUGGAGCAGGAUCAGUUGGUCACCUUUUGUUAUCCCCCAAAUCGCGUGACCUCUUCACCCGUGCUAUUUUACAAAGUGGAUCCCCCUUACCAGCAUGGGCAGUGCAGGAACCUUCGAUGGCUAUUGGCAGCACUAGAAGACUCGCGGAGAUGUCGAACUGUUCUGCCAGAUACGAUGCUGAUAUUUACCAAUGUAUCAAAGACCUACCUCCGGGAACGAUUGUAGAUAACCAGGCUCGGGUUUUUGCUGUGGGUGGAGUACCAUUCGGUCCAGUCGUCGAUGGCUUCUUCUUGCCAGAUACUCCAAUAGCUCUCUUAGAAAAAGGGGAGAUGAAGAAAACUGAAAUCCUAAUGGGAGUUAACAAGAAUGAAGGCACCCUGUUCCUUCCAUCUACUAUGCCAACGGUAUUUACUCUCUCGAAUCAGAUAAAUGUUACUAGAACACAAUUCCUAUUAGCGGUGAGAAUGUUCGCUGCAACAAAUGGUCAAUCAUCAACUAUGGUCAAGGCCAUUAUGGCCCAGUAUGACGAAGUCCAAGUACCUUCUCUCCGGAAAGACUACUUGGAAACUGUGGACAACAUUCUUGGGGACAGUUUCUUCAAGUGUCCAUCUGUCAAACUAGCGGACUUCUAUGCUGUAGAAAACGAUGUGUACUUCUAUUCCUUUGACCACCGGAUUUCCGCUUUUACUCUACCACUAUGGAUGGGAGUUCCACAUUCGGCUGAGAUGGAAAUGAUGUUUGGACAACCGCUUGGGGAUGCCUUCGCAGCGCCGGAGGAGGAAAAAUUAACAAGCCGGAGCAUGAUGACGUAUUGGGCGAAUUUUGCUAAAACUGGCAACCCAAACCUACCGGAAACACCCAACUUCCAAUGGCCUAGAUACAGCACGACUGAUGAAACCUUCCUUGUCUUCACGGCUGCCGGACAGUCAACCAAUCAGGGCUUGAGGAAGCAGCAGUGCGUUUUCUGGGACACUCUCAUGCCACUGAUCACCGAGAACGACGAUACGCGUACAGGCUCUGAAACGACGACAGAGAAAGUUGUGUACGUGUGUCAAAACGAUGGAAGCAGAAUGCCGCUUUCAUUGGGAUUGUUUUGGGGCGUGGCACUUGCAACUCUAUUUAGUAUUUAAACAUAAAUACCCACGUCAAGUCGACUCCUUAUCCUACCUUAAACAAUCAACAUCGAAUAAUUUCAUGCUAAAGUUCAUUGUUUUCUGAAGAAAUGACACGGCAACUGCGUUACAUAAUGAAAAGGCCGACUUACUUGUCUACUUUCAUUACUGUUUCUAACAAUGGUAAGAUGGAAAUUAUUUGAGAAUAAUAAAGAAAUAUAUACUGAUCACUUCAA